GGCUGGAUAUGCUUGUGCCUGGCAAACAGAGCCGGAGGCUGUGAAGGUCACGCCCUUGUCCAGGGCCUCUCAGGGAAACCUGGUCCUUGGCCCAUCUGUUCUUCUGGGACAUCAUUCCAGGUGUGUGGCCUUUGCAAUGUAGCCUUGGGAAAGGACAGGGUAGGGCGACUGAAAGAAAAACAAGAGACUUAGAGAGAGGAGAGACAGGGGAGGGAGGCGGUGUCCUCCUCUCCACAGAGUUCCAGCCCUGGAGCCAGGUUGUGGCUCCUAGAGCUGUGAGGGACAGCCCCCUCCUCCUGUCCCCUGGGACUCUACCCCAACCCACCAACAGCCUUGUCUUGGUCAAGACCUGCCUCCCCUGCUUUUGGCUUUCCCCCUUGCUCUUUGACCCUUCCCUUCACUGGCUUUCCUGGUUGCUGGCUGUCUGUAUUCCCUCCAUCACACACUCGCCCCCUCACCCUGUGCCACCCGUGGCUUUCUAUCAGGCCCUGGCAGAGAAAGUCUGGGAUAUGAUGUGCCCAUCUCGCACCCUGCUGAUAUUAAGUGGGUGCUCCCCGGGUGCUCCUGGCCUCUGCCACUGGGCCCAUACUCAUGGGAAGCCCCCCUAAGUCCCCAGGGCCCUGGUUAAUGGAGAGAUGUGGCUCCCUGGGGCACAGCCAAGGAAUCCCCUGGGUUGGCAUGGCAUCCCUGCUCCCAGCCCUCUGUCACACCCCCUUUUGUCAGCUCAGACCUCUGUGGGGAAGGGACGCUUUAGGCAGCACCCUUGCUGUCCCAUGGGCACCAAACCCUGUCCCCAGGUGGAGUGACAGAAUGCAGAUAGGAAAAGAAGGGGAGAGGGGCCCCAGGCACAGAUGUAUAUCCACAGAGGUGAUACAGCUGUGCACCCGUGGAAAUAGACAUGAGCUUAUAAAGAUAAAUGUAUGUGUGGAGAGGUACAUAGCCCCUGACACGGUCAUGCAUGCACACAGCUUGACAUUUGCACUCAGACACAGAUACACAGCCAGGGAGGGACAUUCCCUCAGAAGUGUUUGUACAGAUCCAGAGAGAAAGCUGGGCACAUGCAGGCGUAGCUGCAUAUCCGUGUAGGUAGAGACACGUGGAUACACAGAGGCAGAAGUAGGUGUGGUCCAUGUGCAUGCACAGAGAUGGGCGUGUGUGCAAAGAAACGGAUAUGAAUGCACAGUGUUGGGUGCAGCAGCAAAGGGCAUAUUCACACUCAGAAGUGGACAGUCACCCACAGAGAGAUUAAUGUACCUGGCGCCUGAUGCACAGACACUAAGAUGAGCUCGUGUGCCCGGGGAAACGGCAUGACCAGAUGAUGACGCAGGGGCACCCAGAGACGGACAGUCUGUACGGUGUCUGUACAGUGGCUGAAACAGACAGGUACGGCAGCAGGCCCUCCACCCCGGACAUACUCACAGUGCCUCUCAGAGACAGCUCUUGUGUCCGCUAGGCGUCUGAGAUGCAGCAGAGCCGGUCAUGGAGAGGGGAGGCAUCUCUAUGCCAAGACACCCCCUGGAAGUUUGAAAGUGUGUCCUCAGGGCUCGGCUGUGGGAGUCUGCACAGCCAGGCUCUGGCAGGGCCCCAGGAGCCUGGGGUUGACUGUCCCGUGGGCGGCUCAGGCACUAAUGACCCUCGUGGGCAGGCAGCGGGCAGCCUUUGUUCCUUCUCCACCACCCCCCCUGGGGACCGGCAGAGAGCUGGAGGCCAGGCUGCUGAUUGGAGGGAGGGCAGCCGGGCAGGGGAGGCCCCACCCACUGGAGACUUCCAGGAGAGGUGAAAAGUACUAGCAGACCUGAGGUCUGUGUAGCCUUUGGGGUCCGCGCAAACGGAAGGCAGGAUAAGGGAGAGCAUGUACCCGAGCUUAGUGGGACUGGCACUCUUCCUCACACUCCACAUGCCUUAGCCAUCUAGUUCUCACAAUGCCUGACAGGUAGCCACUCUCAUCUCACAGCUGAGGAAACGGAGGCCUGGAGAGGCGAAGUGACUUGCCCAAGAUCACACAGCUAGUAGCUGCCAGAGUUGCCAUCUGAACCCACAUGGUCUUGGUUCUGGGAGUUGCCAGGCAAAACCACAUCGGACCCUUGCCAUUCCCCCUGGGGCAGAGGGGGGAUUUAAAAGGACACGCUUUGGGCACAGAUGAACAUGGGCUCAAAUUGAUAGGGAUGCUUCCUAGCUGUGUGUUCCUGAGCAGUUCAAUCCGUCAAUGACUGCUGAGCACUUAGGAUGUGCUAGGGGCAGGUGUGCAGUGGGGACGGAGACAAUGAGAUGAUGUGCCCUGGGCCAAGCCCCGUGGGAGGCACUGGAGCGAGAAGCCCAAAAAGACAGAGGAUGUUCGUAGAAGAGUCAGGUGGCCCUCGCUGUGCUAGGGGAGCACCCAGAGAGGGAGCAUUUUCCCAGCUUGGGGUGGGGACAGGGCAACUCCCUGGAGGAGAUGACAACAUCCAUCAAGGGACGAUGGAGCAGAAGGAGGGGCAGUUCAGGCUCAAGGAACAGAGCAUGAAGAGUGGGAGAGAUUCUGGUGGCUGGGGUGUGGAACUCAAGACGGGAAGCAAGUCUGACAUGUCCUGAAGAAGCAUGAAUGCCAAGCAGAGGACUUGGGAUUUUAUCCUGAGCAGAGGGGUGAUGCAGUCAGACCUGCAUUUUGGAGAGAUCGGGGCAGAGCGCAGUUUGGAGGGGAAGAGAGCAGACAAGAGCAGAGGCACGCAGACCAGGGAGGAGUUUGCCGUCAUCAGGCAGGGGCGAGGUGGUAAGCGUGGCCAGCGGUGGCUUCAGAAGUUGCCUCAGAGCCUAAAGUGGUCACCAAGCUCGAGCACGGACCGUGUACGUGGGGAUGAGGGGCAGGGAAUACGAGGCAGCCGCUACAUUUCUGGCUCGUGGGUUGGUGGUGCCACCACCUUGAAUAGGAAAUCCCAGGGGAGAAGCAAGUUUGGGGGCAGCAGGGGUGGAGGGUGACAAUGAGUCCACUGUGGAUUCUGAGGGGCACUCUGGUGGUUACUACCGGUUGCCAACACAACAGCCUUCUGUGCCUUGCUCUUUGCUAACCGAAUCCUGGUUUUGUUGUGGUAGCACUAUGCCGGCAGUCCUGUAGACCCUAGAGGAGGGAGGGGAGGGGAGAAAGUGAAGAUAAGAAGUGUAGACAUUGCUCUCAAGAAGCCUGGCUCUGACAGCCAGCAGAUGGGUAGGGUGGGAGCUGGAGGGAAACACAGGUUUGUGAAAAGUGUUUGUAUCCCCACCCACCCCCAUGAUGGGGAGGCGUCCGUGUGCCUAAAUGUGGAUGACAGAAGGAAAGCCAGGCAGGAGAGCCUGGGGACCCAGAGAGAGGGGAGCUAAUGGAAGGUUAGGUCCCAGAGUCAGUGAGAGGGGCAGGCGCUGGGCAUAGGAGGUGGAAUUGGCCUUGGACAGGAUGUGGAACCAUCCUGCAGCUGGAGGGAAGGGACAGAUGAGCACUUGGAGACAGGGUGGGAGAUGACGGGGUGUCUGCUUUCCAUCUCUUUGUUUCUGCUGGAGGGGCUGGGGUUGUCUGGAAGGGGAGACUAGUGACCAUCGGGAUGAUGUCCGUGGAGGGUCAGAGAGAGAGCCACCUAGGGAAACACAGAGAGGCUAAGGGUGGAACUGAGACCCGAGAAGAGGCUGGAGACGCUGACCAGGCACAAGUGCUGACCGCACGGUGACGGAGCGCUGCCCAGCAGUGCUCGGGGGUCCAGGGCAGGUGAGAAUACAGCCAGCUGGGCUUGUCCCGCAGAUGUCACACCCUGGAAUCUAAGCCCAAGAUGAGGCAAAGGGUAUGCCAGGUGUGGGACAAGCACAGGGAAAAGAGACUAGAGGUUGCAUGGAGUGUGGAAAGAGACGGCUGUUUCAAGGGUAGGAUGAACAUUUCAGAGGUGAGUGAUCCUAGGGAUAGCAGGUCGAGGGUGUAGUCGUGAUGACGGUGACAGUCUUCCAUUCUCCGUGGCUCAGCCGAUGCCAUCACAGCCCUGCCUGCAUCUUGGUUUUCACCGUUCCAGGCAUGCAGACAGCUUCUGCCUGCAACCCCUGUGCUUUGGAGCCAUUCCUUGCCCCUCACUGGUACAACUUGAGGCCAUAGUCUACACCAUCUGCCGGAAGUGUGCAUGCGGGUUGCCCACCAUGGUAGCUGCUCAUCAACAUACCCUCAACUGGCUUCUUCUCAACCCUGUCUCACUUCCCCACGCCCCUGCCUGUGCUUCCUGGAUCACCUCCCAAAUAAGCUGCUUGCCCUUGAACCCUUGUCACAGAGACCUCCUGCAGAGCAACUCAACCCAAGACAGCAGGCUCAAACCCUCUGGGUAUUAGUUACCUCCUCUGUAAGACAGGGAGUCUAAUGUGUGCCUGUGAAAUUAGAAGGGCGCAAGCACACGGACGUGAGGCUUCUGGCACCAGGCCCAGCACCCAGCAGGCACUAGGUCAGCGCUCUCUCUCAUACACACAGUGGGUGUUUAAUAAAAGCUCCUGUCCCCUCAGAUGGCCCAGGACAGCGGAACCUUUCUGUCGCUGCCAAUCAAGUCCCACAGGUAAGCCAGUCUCUGAGGCCUGACCAAUCCCGAUGCUCUCUGCUGAACACCUUCCAGGUGGCUUCUCAUGCUGCCAGCAAAGGGCUCCCUGGGGACCUCCUGACACAAGGAUGGGCCAGAGGCAACAUGUGGUCUGGCAGAUGGCCGUCUGAGUUCCUCUGAGGUAAAUAAAAAUCGUGCUUCCUCCCAUGCGCGGAGCCAGGCGCCAGCUAAGACUUCCCGUGCACCAUCUCAUUGUAUCCUCUCAGCAAGUGACAAGCUACUAUCUUUUCCUCUUCACGCUCCGGAGGCUGGGCCUCAGAGAGAUUGGGCGACUUUUCCAGGCUGCUCCCACCCUGCAGGAGAGGCAGAGUCAGGAUUCAGAUCUCGUCAGCAGAGCCCAGCCUCCUCACUGGGAGGCGGGAACAUGCCGUGUUACCCUCAGAUGCCCUGUCCUGGUGUAUGCUCUGCACAGAGAAAGAGCUUCACGAACGAGCCCUGGGCUGAACUGAACCAAAUGGGGCUCCUAGAGGAAGUAGAAAGAUCCUGUUUCCUGUCGGACGCAGAGCCCUUGAGGGCAUUUCUGCAGCCUGACUCCUAGCACACAGCCUGGCGCAGAGUGAUGUUCAGGCAGGGUUUGUGGAUCAGAUGAGGGAAUAUGUAAGAUUCUUGGCCAGAAUUUCCACCGCAGCCAGAUCUGUGAUCGCAUUAGGAGGUGCGCACUACUAUCUUCCCAUUCUGUUAUUCCAGCUGCCUUCUUCCGUGAAAAAGACUUUUCCCUCAUCAGCUGUCCACUACCACCUCCUUCACUCUCCCUCUGGGCUAAUCUGAGCAUGUCCGAGGGAUGCUCAUCCCACCGGUCCCACUAAUCAGAGCCUCCCGUCAGCAACCCCCACGCGCGGGGAUGGGAAAGCCCGUAGCAAACACCCACGACCUGCUGCAAGACACGUCACCCCGUCCCAUUUCCGUGACAGCCCCGUAGGCAGGGCUGAAUGGCCCCACUGGACAGAUGAGUAAGACUGAGACCCAGAGGAGUUAGAUGACUUGUUCAAGGCCACCUGGCCACCUGGCAAGCUAGAGGCUGAGCUGGAGCGGACGCCAGAUCUGCCAAGCCCCCAAACUCAUGCCCUUUCUCCACCACCAAAUUCCGUUCCCUCCCGAAGUUGCUUCCCUUCCUGAUGUGGUGUGGCCAGUGCAGAUCUCAGAAUGUGUAAACCUGGUGACACUAGAUCCGUCACCUUAGAGUGGAAUGAAGGAAGCACCUGGGGAUCGGCUUACUAAUUCGAGGGGCUGAUGAAUUAUUCAGGUUGCCAUUAACUUAGAGGCCUUUUCAGCCUCACCUGUCUUUCCCCUGCUCCAGACCCUCAGAUCCUGGCCUGCCCCAAGCUCUACAGACCUGUGGGGGCCCCGGCGAGGAGAUGCUGGCAGAGCUGGGGUCCUGUCUGCUGCUGGCAGUGGCUCUGCUGGGCUCAGGCCCCGGGGCCCAAGCCAUGACAGGUGUUAAAUGUGGGGGUGUGCUCUCAGCACCUUCCGGAAACUUCUCCAGCCCCAACUUCCCCAGGCUCUACCCCUACAACACAGAGUGCAGCUGGCUGAUUGUGGUGGCCGAGGGUUCCUCUGUGCUGCUCACCUUCCACGCCUUCGACCUGGAGUACCAUGAUGCCUGUGGCUUCGACUACCUGGAGGUCUACAACGGCGCCUCAGGAGACAAGGGCAACCUGCUGGGGAGGUUCUGCGGCCGGGUGCCCCCGCCGCCCUUCACCUCCUCCUGGCAUGUCAUGUCCGUCGUCUUCCACUCAGACAAGCACGUGGCCAGCCGCGGCUUUUCUGCUGGCUACCAGAAAGAUGUGUGUGGCGGCGUCCUGACGGGCCUUUCGGGGGUCCUCACCAGCCCCGAGUACCCCGACAGCUAUCCCAACAACGUGGAGUGCCGCUGGGUGAUCCGGGCCGCCGGCCCCGCCACUGUCAAGCUGGUGUUCGCGGACUUCCAGAUGGAAGGCAAUGAGGAGUGCACCUAUGACUACGUGGUCGUCCUUGGGGGGCCCGGCCCUGCCCACGGGCAUCACUACUGUGGCAGCACCAGGCCCCCCACCCUCGUGUCGCUGGGCCACGAGCUACAGGUGGUUUUCAAGUCCGACUUUAACAUUGGAGGUCGGGGCUUCAAGGCCUACUACUUCUCAGGAGAAUGCCAGGAAGUGUACACGGCUGUGCGAGGCAACUUCUCCAGUCCACAGUACCCCAGCUCCUACCCUAACAACAUCCACUGCCACUGGACCAUCCGCCUGCCUCCUGGCUACCGGGUCAAGGUGUUCUUUCUGGACCUAGAUCUGGAGGGUCCCAGCAGCCUGACCAGGACCUGCGACUUUGACCAUCUGGCAGCCUUUGAUGGGGCCAGUGAGGAGGCGCCCCUCCUGGGGAAUUGGUGUGGCCACCACCUGCCAGCACCAGUCACCUCAAGUCACAACCAGCUUCUGCUUCUGCUGCACACAGACCGCAGCACCACCCAAAGGGGCUUCUCUGUGGCCUACAUUGGAGUCGUGCCCGUGAACGUGAGCUGCUCCCGCACGGAUUUCCAGAUCCUGAUCUCCGCACAGGCACUGGCACCGCUGGAGCGGACCAAGGUCUACCUGGGCAGCCGGAGCUGUGCCGCCCAGGAAGUCGGCAGCACCUUCCGGAUCCAGGCCCGCUUCGACACCUGCGGCACCGAGUCUCAGAGGAGGAACAACACGUCGGUGAUCGUCAGCGUGCUGUACAUUGACUUCUCGGCUGGUGGGCAGGAGGACAUCCAUGAGUACGAGGUCCGCUGUGAGCCACGGCGCAAGGAGGCUUCUAUCCACCUGCUGUCUGGCUCCGACUGGCUGGGGCCCUAUGCCGCCACAGCCGAGCAUCUUCAGGAAGCGCCACCCAGGGAUGAGGUGGAGGCCCUGGAGGGCCCUGUGGCCAUGGUGACCCAAGACACCAGUGACAUUGUCUUCCUGGGCCUUUGCAUCCUGGCUGGAGUCCUCAUGGUCAUUGCCAUCGUGGUCCUGAUGCUGCUGUGAGCAGGCAAGGGACCUGGGUUCUGGCUUCCCUGGGAGGCAGCUUGUGGUCCCAAAACAGGAGCAGACCAGGCUUUAUCGACUUGUUGGCGACCAUGGACAAGUCACUGUCCCUCUCCGAGACUCAGUUUCCUAGGCUCACAGAGCUGGCGUGAGGCUCAGAGAAGAGCACGAAUGGAUAUGAGCUUUGUAAACUAUGUCAUGUUGUGUGUGUGUGCAAUUGUUACUAAUUUGAAAGAUGGCCUGCAGUAGAAAAGAAGACUCCUGUGUGUGUUACUUGGCAUCGUGGAUAGCUGUGGUCACUGGUCACUUGUUCUGUAACUUGCACAAGUGCUUUACCCACUCAGGAUAAAAACAAGGGCAUCUUUUAUUUUUCCAACUAAUGGCUCAUCACAAGCCUUCAUUGGCAGGAAAUUUAGUAACUGUCUAGGGGCCUCCACUCUCUUGAACUGACUCAGGAACCUUGAAGACUUCAUCCACAGCAGGCCAGUCCUGCCUCCAAACUCCAGAAACAGAGAGAAAGGGAGCCGAAACCCCACCUAGUGCUGUCAUCCCAGCCUCCGCCAUGUGGUGUCGCUGUUGGAGGCCGGUCGUGCGCAUCCCAGUGGAUCCUGUCUGAAGAGGUGGCGAUGCCCUGCGAGGUCAGAUCCCUGCAUAAAACACAGGCGGGCCCACACUGUGCUCAGCAGUGAGGCUGGAAGCUGAGGACUGGUGUCUCUUUCAUGCUGGCGUUUUUCCUUAAAUAGAUCGUGAUCCUUGACUGCAAAGCUGACUGAAGUUCCUGUGUCUUUGUCCUCACCCCUGAUGUUGAGUCCAUUGUUUCCCUUCAGAUGAGUUCUCUUUGGAGCCUGUGGACCUUCUCCUGCCAUUGGACUUCACUCAGAGCUACUCCAGCAUCCCCGUGUUUCUCUAAGUUCACACUACGGGGAGCAUGGGUUGGGUUCCCGGUGCUUUCUGGCAUCCUCAAGCAAAUUGGUCCAGUCCCCCCAGAGCUCCAAGUGGAACAGCCUUGUUAAUGAAAAAUAAACAAAGAAAUACAGUUAUAAUACACCACUUUCCCCUGCUCACCUGUAUGUUUGCGUAAUGAAUCACUCACAAUCAACAGAAAUCUCCACCUUGACCAUGCUGACCACGGUGCUCAAGUAAGUGAAUUGGAGCCUGAUUACAGUUCUUUCAACAACCCAACCAACAUCCACUUGUUUCCAGCUUUGUCCCCAUUGUUGUGACCGGCUCCAAGCACCCAGCAGCAAAGAAGUCAAAUGAGAUUUCCUGCCUUUGAGAUGUCUACACCCAGGUGUAGCAGCUUCGGGGAGAGGGAGGGCAGACAGUAACUUGCAGAGAAAACGAGAGUGAGAAAAGCCAACAAAGUAAAAAAUUAAGCAAGGGAAAAAGAGUUGCCUGGACAUUAGGAGAACUGGUUCAAGUCCAAGUUCUUCUCAUUAAUUGUGCAAACCUGGGCAAGUCACUUUGAGUCUGUGGGCCUUGAUAUCUCCAUCUGCAAAAUGGGACCACUGUUCAUAGCUUGCUGUAAGAUCGUAGCAACACGAUGAACUACGGAGGUCUGCCAGGAUAAUGUGCCAGCAGGCGAGUUUUGACUGACACCCCGGGGUGUUGGGAGCAGAGACCCCGUCCUCUUUGUCUCUCACCCACCUUCUCCCUUUCAGAUUCCUCUAGCCACUGAGCUACCUUUGCCAGCCUACAAACCACCUGGGUCUCGGUUUCUCUGGACAAGACUGAUUACACCCCCCUGCCCCCAAGGUCAGCCUUCCUGCCUGCAAAGCAGGGGUGAUGACAAAUAACACCCGCUGCAUUGGUUCUGUGUGGGGCCUGAGAUCAUGCAUGACAGUGGCCAGUACCUGAGAAGGAUUCAGCAAACCUGUUAUGACCUUGACCUAUGAGUUCAUACAAAAGCUCUGGCCUAGAACCCCAAGUUCUCGGCCCAACUUUGCCACUGGCUUGCUGUGUGGCCUUCAGGAACCCAUUCCCUUUUCUGGCCACAGUUCCUGUUUUUAAAAUAUAACAAGCAUCAUUAUCACCUCUGGCACCAUCGCUGUCGUAGCGACGACUCAUAAGCACCAGCUACAUGGCAAGUGUUUGAGCUGUGUCAGCUGACGUAAGCCACCUUGUGAGGCAGACAUAAUGGCCCCCAUUUCACAGAUGAGGAAACUGAGGUCUGGGGAAGGAAGUGCCUUGCGCCAGGUCACAGGUGAUGAAAUGCUGAAGCGAGGCCGAGAGGAGGCAGUUCUUUCCUGAGCUGGAGCCUCUUGGGCCCCCAGGCCAAGCUCUCAAACCCAAGGGCCAUGUCUGGUUGGGAAAGGACUGGAAUGGCCGACAGGGAGAGGAUGGUUUUACCCACGGACGUGCCCAGAUACUGCCAUUCCCAGCCCUCUGGGCAGCCGGCACGUUGAUUAUCCUGCCUGAGCCAUGGGAAAUGACAGUCUUUCUGACGGUACAGUGUCUAUUAGAAAUGAAAGGGCUGAAAUGAUACCCAUUAGCCAACACGCCCUGGCCCAGGAAGAGUGUCUGAUGGUGUGUGUACGUGUACCAGUUUCCCCUUGGUGGAGAGCGGAGGCCUUAACCCCAGCUCCCCCUCCCCCCCACCCCCCGCCCCCGCACUGGUUAUAUGGUCUCGGGCCUGCCUACCCCGAACUGAGAGCUUCGGGUCCUCCCGCCUGCCUGUCCCGGUAGAGCCAACGUUACAGAUGAGGAAAUCCUUGGCAAAUGGAAGUGCCAGCCCUGGGAAGAUGCCUUCUGGCCUCCGGGUCAGGCAGACCUGGGUUCAUUUCCAUUCUCACCCUGACUCUGUGUGACGUCGGGCAAGUUGCUUAACCUCUCUCAGCCUCAGUUUCCUCAUGCGCAGAAUAGGGACACGAAGAUGCUCCUCCCGAGGUCAUUGUGAGGCUUGAGAGAACACAGGGAGAGCGCCCACAUGGGGCUUCCACCUGUACGAUUCUGGAAGCUGGCAGGCCCCGGCCAGGCGAGGGCCUCUUCCCCGAGGAGUCCUCAAAUCUCAGAGUCGGAAGGGUCUCCCCGGACUCCUAGCUCCCCUGCUGAUCUUCAAGAGACCACGAUCGUUCCCACCCCCAGCCUGUCACUUUGUACCCCUCUGCCUUCCUUCGUAAGACGUAUCGCCGUCUGCAAUGA